AGGGACGCCCCCGGCGUUGGAGCUCCUGGGUCCUCCCUGUAGCCAGAGCUCCCCCGCCUUCCAGAUGACAAUUUGUCGGGGACGAGCGGCAUGGAGGUGGACGACCGCGUGUCGGCACUGGAGCAGCGGCUGCAGCUGCAGGAAGAUGAGUUGGCGGUCCUAAAAGCGGCGCUGGCGGACGCGCUGCGUCGUCUGCGGGUGUGCGAAGAACAGGGCGCGACGCUGCGCGCGCGUGGCACCCCCAAGGGUCGGGCACCCCCGCGUCUAGGCACCACCGCCUCGGGUAUUCUCUCUAGACUGAAGGGGGAGAGGGGAAGGGGCCGAGCUCCGGACCUCGCACUCACACUGCUCCGCCCUCUAACCCCAUCCUUCCAGUGUGUCACCUCUUAAAAGGCCUUCCCACCCGGACG